AUGUGUUCGGGCGUGGGGCAGGACCGGCUUGGGAUCUACAUCAAGUCGGUGGUUGGAGGUGGAGCAGCAGAUCAGGAUGGUCGUCUCCAGGCUGGCGAUCAACUUCUCAAAGUCGACGGCGCCAGCCUUCAAGGCAUCACCCAGGAAAGAGCGGCAGAGAUAAUGAUGAAGACAGGUCAGGUGGUGACCCUAGAGGUGGCCAAGCAGGGUGCCAUCUUCCAUGGCCUAGCCACCUUACUCUCUCAGCCUUCACCAACCAUCACCCGAGGAUCGUUGCGUCGCCGUCAGCAACAACAACAGCAACAGCAACAGCAACAACGUCCCCUGUCAGAGGACCUUUCCAGCAGUGGGACUGGAGGUAGAGGGAAUCCGCAGCGCUCGCAUUCUCUUCCCUCAUCCAUUAACCAGCAUGCCUCUGCCUCAAUUCGCACGGCUGGUGAUGGUGCUUCCAUUAACCACUCUCCCCCUCCCAUAAUCUCUGGUAAACCUGAGAAGCCACAGCUACAGAGACAGGAAUGCAUUGAAGAUCAUGUGAAGAAAAGACCAAAACCUAGACCAAAGCCAUUCCUCAAAUUUUUCCUGCCCCCAUCUUUCUUAUCAAGUAUUCGAGCAAGGUCCCGCCGGUUGACCCGGGCUGCCCCACCUAAGGUCACUUACCUCAUUGACCUCCCAACCCCACCUGAAGGUCUCAACUGUAAGGCUGAAGACCUUGGGUCCUUGUUGGAGAAGUUUGGUACCCGGAGAGAAUUGUCACGUCCUUGUGAUGCAGCAGCAUACAAUGGGCGAUACCAGAGUGAGCGGGACUUACCAAGUCGAGUCCCAGGUCUCAUGCCUCCCCGCAUAUCCUCCUCCAAGUCUGUCCCCUCUCUAAACACGGGAGAACCAGGAUCUCCAUCAAAGGUCCAUGAGGCCUAUAAUCCCCAUGCCAACUAUACCAAGCCCCAGAAUCCCCCUUCUCACUUCCGAUCCAGAUCAACGCAGAAUCUGGCCAGUGUAGCAGGGGUGGCAAAUGGAGGAGUAAUACGAGGAACCUCUAAUCCCAAUCUCCCACCAAAUCAACAGUAUGGAUCAGGGCCAAUGCCCUCUUCCUAUCCUCACCAUCCCCCUCACAUGAAUGGCUAUUCCCCUGCUCAGAACUUCCCUGAUCAACGGGCAUCGAGUCAGCAGCGGAGUUUCCGUGGAUCAGAGGGAGUCCUGAACCGCUCCCACAGGGAUGGAGAUUCUCGUCCACAGUCAGCACUCAUGUCACCACAUCCACAGUACCAAUCAGGGGAAGUGCACCGACCUGUAUCCCAUCGGGAUCUUAGACAGGAAGCCAAGAUGCAUGAUAUUGGUGAAGAAGUCCUGCGAAGGGAGGAGAGAGUUCUUGCAUUUCGGGCUGCUAAUGCCAACUCUUCCCAGGGGAUGACUGGAGUGUAUCCAGGUCCUGGGUAUUCUCGAGGAGGUACUCAAAAUGAGGACAUCCCACCAGCACGUCCUCCACUGCCUCCUGAGAGUGCCAUGUUCCCUUCAGUUCGACCAUCUUCUGCAUAUCCUGCUCAAAUAAGCGACAACAGGAGUCCAUCAGUGCCAACCUCCCAGCAGCUGAAUCAGCAAAUGAACAAGAUAUUUAGUGCCAGUAAUCCCUGGGACCGAGAAGAACGUGAAAGGGAGGCAGCACGUCGAGCUGAGGUGGCACGGCUAUGGCGGGACCAGCAGAUUGCUAUGCUGGAAGGAGAGUCAAAUCGUACUCCAAAACAAGAAGAACAGCUGAGGACCCUCCGACUGGAGAAGGAGUUCCAGCGUCGUGCAGAGGAGGCUGCCAAGGGUGAUGAUGAGGACAAUGAUGAUGAUGAUGAUGAAGUUGAUCGUCGAGGGUUGCUGCGCAUUGUGCAGGAAGACCUCGAGCGGAGUCGUCAACGACGUAUAGCAAUGGAAGCUAAUGAGAACAAGAGGCUGCAGACAAUGCCAGCCAAUGCCUCUCCUCACUGGAGGAACUCCUCCUUGCCUCAGGUGAUUGGAGGUGGACAUCCACAACAGCAGCAACAGCAUAUGACAGGUGGAACAUCAAGAAGCAAAGCAGAGGAGAUUCGGAUGAAGGAGCAGCAGCUUCAUGCAGCGCAACUUGCAGAGGAACGUAUCCUCCGUGUUGCCCAGAAGAGACAG